AUGGCCACGAUCAUCGAGGCAUCCGCUCCGGCUGUGACUAGUGAUUCUCAAAACACCGAGGAGCACUGGAAUAACUGGCCAAAUGCGAAGGGUUUCGACCCGGAAUACGAGGAACGCACUCCAGUGGAGCUUUCCGUGACAGGAAGGAUUCCUGCGUAUGCUGCUGGGACUUUAUACCGCACUGGACCCGGAAAAAGCCACGUCGAAACCGAAGGAGGCCAGACAUUCCAAGUCUCCCACUGGUUUGAUGGAUUCAGCCAAACGCACCGCUUCCAGAUCCUGGAUUCGGGCGAAUCUGAACCACCCCGCGUCUUGUACAACUCUCGUUACUCAACCGAUGAGCUGAUCGAGCAUGUACGGAAGACCGGGUCCCUCGGCGGGCUGAGCUUCGGUCAGAAACGCGAUCCAUGCAAGACCGUGUUCAAUAAAGUCCAAAGUGACUAUAUUCCCCCCAGCGGCCCCUCCUUCAAGAACAUCGGCGUCACUCUGUCGGUCAACAUGCCCGGUCUUGAUGUUCAACCAGAUGGACAGUCAACAGAGCGCUGGGGAACAUCUCAGGGUAUUCGCACCCUGUACGCGAAAACUGACUACAGCGGCUUCAAAAAGUUGGACCCGGAGACUCUAGAGCCAAUUGGUCUUGCUACGCAGGAAUCUCUUCAUCCCGACUUGAUCGGUCGCUUGGCGGCAUCCCAUCCUCGAUCGGAUCCCAGGACUGGCGACAUGUUCAACUUCAAUCUCGAACUGGGAUCCACCUGCACAUACCGCGUAUUUGGUGUCUCUGCGUCAACUGGGAAGACCACAAUCCUCGCUACUUUCCCUGGAAUACCCGCCUAUCUUCACUCCCUGCUCAUCACUGAGGACUAUGUCCUGCUCUGUGUGUGGAACUCCCAUGUUAACCCGAUAGCGCUUGCCGACCAGUCUUUUAUGGACGCGAUUCUGCCGACGGAUCCUUCGAAGCCGGCAACUUGGUAUGUCGUGGACCGCAAGCACGGAAAGGGCUUGGUUGCAACUUAUGAAAGCCCCGCCUUCUUCUGCUUCCACACUAUCAACUCUUGGCAGGAGCCCUCGAAGGAAGACCCUACCAAAACGGAUAUUGUCGCGGACUUGGUGCGGAUGGAUAACACCGAGUUCAUCUCCUCUCUCUUGUACGACAACAUAGUUUCCUCGCGGUCUAGUGCGAAAGAGUUUGCCGCGAAGAGAGGCGAUGCCCUGUGUUCGACUAUUACCCGCUUCCGUCUUCCCGGACUCCCAUCGUCUCCCAACUCUGAUAUUCUCAAAGCUACCGUGGAAUGGUCUGCCUGCAAGUCAUUCUCCCCCGAGCUGCCUACUAUGAACCCCAAGAUCGUCACGCAGAAGCACCGAUACGUGUAUUCGACAACUUUCCGUGGGGAGGCAACUUUGACCGACGGUAUUCUGAAGUUCGACUGCGAGACGCAAGAGACCCGUCUGUGGGCGCAUCAUGGCCACUCUCCCGGUGAGGCGAUCUUCGUUGCUAACCCCGACGGCAUAGACGAAGAUGAUGGUGUUCUUCUCAGUGUUGUGCUUGACGGCCUGGCGGGCAACAGUUACCUGCUGUGUCUUGACGCCCGCGACUUGAGUGAGCUUGGCCGAGCGAAUGUCAAGAGGGCUGUUGCUUUUGGUUUCCAUGGACAGCAUGUUCCAUUCGUUGGCAUGCCGACUGGGGACUACUAG